GUAGUUGUUGCUUAGUUGCCGCAGAAGUUGCACGGAUCGUGGAAAUUUGUGCCUAAAAAAGUGAAGAAAACUUAUGAUUAUUUUGUCACAAUGACCGUGUGGAAUAGUGUCGAUGGGAAAGUCCUCUAUGGAAUUGCCAAAAACAGCUUUAGUCAGGAUAAGCCACAUAGACUGAAUUUGGAUGUUGGUGAUGCUGUGAUAAUCCUGAAGGAGAGCUCCAAUUGGUACUAUGGAUACAACAAAAAAAAUCGUGGGAAUAGAGGUAUAUUCCCAAAAUCGUACAUUGAAUUAAUGGAGUGUGUGCGGUCUAAAAAUGACUAUGUAAUCAAGAGAUCUGAAAUUGUUGAUGAGAUCACGACAGUUCUUGUGGAGUGGGGAGAUCUAUUCAAAAAGUUUUAUUUGACAAACAACUCAAACUUCUUGCCAAUUCGGCAAAAAAUGUUGGAACUGAUAAGACUCCGAUCGCAAAUAUUAUCGGGUAAUUUGCCAGUGGACGAGAUGAAGGAUGUUAAAUUAAUGGCAACGUCGGAGAUUGAUGUGGGAAAUAGUCUAUUGGGUUUGGACAUGGUGGUUAGGAAUGAAAGUGGAAGUGUUAUUGAUAUAAAUACAACAUCAACAACACAACUCUAUGAGCUACACACAAAUGCCGUGGAACGCAUAAAGAUGGCAUCGACGGCUUUCAACAAGAACCGCGUGUCAAAGAAUAUGAACAAACACUCACAUAAUCUCUUGCUGCGAGUCCAUGCAUUUGUAUGCAAGUUCCAAGAAGAUUCAGAUCUCCUUCUGACACUCUAUGAUGCCGAUGAGCAAAAGUCCAUAACGGAGAAUUAUGUGGUAAAAUGGGGCAGACAGGGCUUGGCGAGAGAUAUCGAUCAAUUCGAUAAUAAUCGUGUGCUCUUCACGGACCUGAGUACGCAGGAUUUAAACAGGAAUAAGGUGUACUUGAUAUGCUAUGCCAUUCGCAUUGGAGGGAUGGACGUUAAAGAACCCGAUCCGAAGCGUGUCAGCAUGGCCAGUGUUGUUCUGCAGGGUGCAACAGGAAAGAAGAAUAGUCAGAAUAAUUUAAAUUCUGCCGGUGCUGAUUUGAUGCGGCGUCCUUUUGGGGUGGCAGCCAUUGAUUUAACACCCAUCAUUAAGAAGCCUGAGGACUUUAAGAAUAAUCUGGAUCUCCCAUUUAUCCUUUGUGAAAAGGAGAACCUCGAUACGACGCUAAAGAAGCUAAUCAACAACAAAGAUGUGGGGAAAAUUGAUUCAAAGCUGGCAGUGAGUGUUGAAAUCCUCCAUGGGGAUACAAAGCAAAUUCGUGAGGAGUAUCCGCAUUUGGUGCACGGAAAUGUUCCAAUAGCACGAAAAAUGGGUUUUCCAGAGGUCAUUUUCCCGGGGGAUGUACGCAAUGAUUUGUACUUGACCCUUGUGAAUGGGGAGUUUUCCAAGGGUGUCAAAAGUGGCGAUAAGAAUAUCGAGGUUACGGUGUGCGUGUGCAAUGAAAAGGGUGUUGUUGUGUCGGACGUGAUAACACUGGGUGCGGGCAAUGGGAUGAGUAGUGAAUACAAAUCUGUUAUAUACUACCAUGAGGACAAGCCCAAAUGGAAUGAGACAUUUAAAGUGCAAGUGCCUAUUGAGGAAUUCAAGCAGUGCCACUUGAGAUUCACAUUCAAACAUCGAAGUUCCAAUGAAACGAAAGAUCGAGCAGAGAAACCAUUUGCACUGUCGUACGUGAAGUUAAUGCAGAGCAAUGGGACAACUCUUCAGCACAUGUGCCACAAGCUACUUGUCUAUAAGAUUGAUCAGAAAAAGUAUGAUAAGGAUUCUCCGUUGAACUAUCUGUCGUUGCCAUCGAAAUUUACCGAUUUGGAACCAAAUACAAAACCCUCAACGGUGGGAUUGAGCCUAUCGGCAAAGGACUUUUUUGUCAUUGAGACAAAUCUGUGCAGCACAAAGCUCACUCAGGAUGUUUCCCUUCUUGGACUGCUCAACUGGUCGUCUAAUCUGGACGCCUUGGAGAGUUCCCUAAAUGCCAUAAUGGGUGUAAAACCCGAAGAGGUUGUGAAAUUUCUUCAAGACAUUCUGGAUGCUCUCUUCUGUAUUUUGGUGCAGAAUUCAGAUCCAGCCAAAUAUGAUGAUUUAGUGUUUAGAUGCUUGUUGCGUCUCAUUGAGAUUGUUUCGGAGAUUAAGUAUCAACAUUUCCAGUCUGUUCUUGAUUUAUACAUCAAUGAAAGUUUCUCCGCAACAUUGGCAUAUGAUAAAUUAAUCAAUGUGCUGCAGACACACAUAAAAAAUGCAAUAAAUAGCACACCGGCCGUUGUCCAGCCAGAAGUUUGCACGCAGGCAGAGACGGAAAUUGAGGGUCUUCUGUACAAGAUCACAAAGAAUCUGCAGUACAUCAUGAAGUUUAUAAUUAGAUCGAGGAUACUUUUUGCUGAAAUGAAUGACAACAAGGACAGAAUAUUUUUUGAACAGAGCCUAGAUGACUUACUCACAUCAUUCAAGAAUUUAAUUGCAUGCCCCAAUAAUUUACUUCGCUCUCAAGGUGCCACCCUCAAGUAUUUGCAUGUAAUUGUAUCUGACCUGAUGCAAGUCUACAGUCCCAUUAGACUGAGUCAAUUCAUCGUUGAUAUUAUCAUGAACAUUCCACCGGGACGAUUGACACAGUCAAAAAUGAUGUGUAUAAAGGAUAUGAUUGAUUCAAAGCUCUUCAAACUGCCAGAAUGUCGUUCAAUAAUCUUGCCAGUGUUUUGUCAGCAAAUUAAGGAGAAAUUGGAGAGCAAGGAGGAGGGUGAUGUAAUGUCAGAAUUAUGGCAACAGCAAAAGAAUUUAACAAAGGCCGCUAAGGUACUGGGUGAAUUAAAAUCAAAUCUACACACGCGUGAAUCAACAGCCAAGACCAAGAUUGCUGAGUGUGUCAAUAUAAUGAAUAAUAUUCUGGGAUUACUCUUCCGGAAAGAUAUUGGAUCAACAGUCCAUGAUAUCAGGGAUAUUAUGUUCAUCCUCUUGCGUACGGUGAUUCAGUCAUCCAUCCAAAUGGAUCGGGAUAAUCCACUUGUGGGAAAUUUGGUGGCAAUAAUGCUUGGAAUUUUCCGUAGUAUGCGCCAAGAGCACUAUACGUGGUAUGUGAAUCACUUUGCCACCAAAUACGACCUCAUGGACUUUCUCACGGAGAUUCUGCAUGUGUUCAAGGAUUUGGUGUCAUAUCCUGUGUUCCCAAGUGAUUGGAUGGAUAUGAUAAUGCAUCAGAAUAUUGUUAUUCUCGAGAGUCUCAAGCACUUUACAAAUAUCAUCCUUGAGAAGUUCUUUGUGCCGUUUGAGAAGCAAGUUUGGUCGAAUUUCUUCCAUUGCUCCAUUGCCUUUCUCAUUCAGCCGUCGCUGCAGUUGGAUCAAUUCACGGAAAAUAAAACAUCCACAAUACUCCUACGGUAUCGCGAUAUACGCAAGGAGACAGCCAUUGAAAUAAGGAAAAUGUGGUUUAGCUUGGGUGAGAAUAAAAUUCAAUUUGUACCCCAACUUGUGGGGCCAUUGCUUGAGAUGAGUCUCAUACCAGAGCCAGAACUUCGUCAGGCCACCAUACCCAUCUUCUUUGACAUGAUGCAAGCGGAAUAUUGUAGCUCGCGAUAUAUAUCGGAAAGUUAUGGGGAUACACGUCGCAAUAACAGCCACUACAAGGGGAAUUUCAAUGACUUUGAGAAUGAGAUGAUUGAAAAAUUGGACAUCCUUGUUGAGGGUGGGCGUGGGGAUAACGAGUACAAGGACAUGUUCUACAGCAUCAUGAUGGAGAAUUGUUGCAAUCACAAUACAUUGAGUGGCGAUGGGAAGAAGUUCGUGAUGAUUGCGACGAAAUUGAUGGAGAGGUUGCUUGAGUAUCGCUGCAUCAUCCAUGAUGAGAGUAAGGAGAACAGGAUGGCGUGUACCGUGAGUUUGCUCCAAUUCUACUCCGGGGUGAAUCGAAAGGAAAUGUACAUACGCUAUGUGAAUAAACUCUGUGAUUUACAUAUGGAAUUCGACAACUACACCGAAGCUGCUUUCACACUCAAGCUCCACAGCAAUCUUCUCAUGUGGAAUGACACAGCCCUAUCGUCCUUGUUGCGUUCACAACGGCAUCCAAUGUGCCAGACACACAGACAGCUCAAGGAGGCACUCUAUCAUGAGAUUAUUGACUACUUCGAUCAGGGAAAGAUGUGGGAAACCGCCCUGACCAUGUGCAAAGAACUAGCGGAGCAGUAUGAGAAUAAGGUGUAUGACUACAUGAGCCUAAGUAGCAUUCAUCGGAAAAUGGCGGAUUUCUUUGAGAAGAUUCUCAAGGAAAUGCGGCAUGAGAGUGAAUAUUUCCGUGUUGCCUUCUACGGACUCAAAUUCCCCGAAUUCCUGCGAAAUAAGGUUUUCAUCUACCGCGGGAAGGAGUACGAGAGACUGAGUGAUUUUUGCACGAGAAUACUCACGCAACAUCCUGCAGCUGAACUAAUGCAAACCCUCACAACACCCGGAAUGGAUAUUACCCACAGCGAUGGGCAGUUUAUCCAAGUGAACAGUGUUGAGCCCAUUAUGGCGGAAGAGAAUGAGCGGUAUGAGGAGAAAAUUGUUGCACAGCAAAUUCUCAAAUACUAUCAGACGAAUAAUGUGCAAAAAUUCAAAUUUUCCCGCCCAUAUCGCGAUGGGAAAUCAACGGCGGGUGAUUCAGUGGCAAAUCUCUGGCUAGAGCGUACAAUUAUGAAGACCACAGACAGUCUUCCGGGGAUUCUGCGAUGGUUCCCAGUGGAGUCGACGGAAACCUUCAAAAUAUCCCCGAUUGAGCAUGCCAUUGAAACCAUGGAGGCUACAAAUAAGUUCAUAAGGAAUUUAGUUAUUGCACACCGAGACGAUGAGACACUGCCAAUAAAUCCAUUGAGUAUGAAGAUCAAUGGGAUUGUCGAUCCAGCUGUAAUGGGGGGUUUCCGGAAGUACGAAGAGGCCUUCCUUACGGAUGAGUACCUGGAACAAAAUCCAAGCAAUGUGCAUUUUGUGGUGAAACUCAAGGAAUUAAUUGCACAGCAAAUCCCAAUUUUGGAGAUUGCACUGCAGGUACACCGAGCAAAGGCACCGAGAUCGCUCAUUCCAUUCCAUGAGCGUCUUGAGAAGUGUUUCUUCGAGAUGCAGGCCAAGGUUGAGAUUAAAUACGGCAAAAGGACUUGUGACUUGAAGUUUGAUCGUGAAUUCGUGACAAUGCGCAGAGGGAUGUCAGCACAGAUGAGCUUAGAUUCAAAUCGACUUUCAGAAACGAGCAUGGGAUCAAAUGAUAGUGGCCUUUCUAAAUCAAUGCAGCCCAAUCGAUCGCAAACGAGCUCAAUUAAAUCCACAUUUGCCAAUUUUAACUUCAAUGCUGCUAAUUUGACAAGAACAUCGCUAGGAACGACAGCACAUGCAAAGAAAACUAAAGAGAAAUCGAGCAAUAAGCGACGAUCGAGUCGUAAAAUUGAUCGGGAAUCACUCAACGUGACAACGAGUCAGUGGUAUACUGGAACUUUGACACCGAUUGCAGCUACAACACCGGAUAAGGAUACCACGUCGAUUUGCAGCAAUGGCAGUAGUAGUUUAGUAACACCAACAAAUAGUUUAGUUGUGGAAUUAACUGAGGAGUUGACACCGAAGAGACCGCUACGAUCGGAAAUUGAGCGAGAGAGGAGAUUAUCGAGAACGGCGAGCAUUGUAACGCCAACAAAUAGCAUUAAAGGUCUUCCUGGAGACAGCAAUUCAGUGUCGGAUGAAGAGAGCAAUAGAAAUUCAAUAGUUACAACGGAUUCAACAGCAUCGGAUGAAGAUCAAAUACCUCCACCACUUCCGGCCAAAACGAGGGACUCCACCGACUAUUCGAAUUUACCAAAUGAUGAUAGUAAUUGCGGUGCCCAUCCACGGCAAAAUAUUCGUUCAGCCAUAAGCAAUAAACCUCUUCCGCAGCUUCCCAUUGUCGUCAAUGUCAACUAUGAGUACGUUGAAGCGAGAAAUUUUUGCAUUGGAAACGAUGAGAGGAAACGACCACCGACUCCACCACCGAAACCAACUCGCAAUUCUAAAGGCGUUUCCUCACCAUAGAUUGGUGUGUUGUGGGUGUAUAUUUUAUCCAUGCUGGCGGGAAGUAUGAAUAAGAAUACAUUUCUUCCUGGUUGGUGAAAGCAGGGGAGAAAGGCGAAGAAAUGGGAUAACCGAGUAUUCUCGUUCUGUGACGGGGGAGGGGUGCAGAAAUGAAGAACGAAAUACGCGAGGAAGUGAAUUUUUAUAAUGCAAGGUACGUGAGUGUUUCGCAUAAUAUCUACACGUAUAGAAUGCAUUUCAUCUUAAAUAUAUUUAUCGUAUAUACACUCUUAUACACCUACACCUUAAAAUCACAUUUAAAUUCACACAAAAAACGGGAAAAAUGUGAAAAAAUAAAUAUUUUGUAGGAAGAAAGAAAAGACUGCUCAAAUGCCUUUCUGCAAUGAUUUAGUUUAAAAGAAAUCGUAAGAAGGGUGAAUUAAGAAAACCCAAUUUGCCUUUCUUAUACAUUUUAGAGAUUAAGAAGUUUGCAAUAAUGAAAAAGAAAUCAUAAUCCUAUAAAAAUGUGCCACAAAAUUCGUGCAAAUAUCGUGACAAUCAAAAGUUUUAUCAACAAAAUGUUUUUUUUCUUUAUUUUUAAUAGAAAUAAGAUGAAUAUAUUUUUGUGUGGAAGUUUAUUUAGUAGAGCCUUUUGAAGCCAAAGUUACAACCAUAUUAUAUCAUCAAGUCGUGUUGAUAAAUUUUAAAAUAGAAGAAAUAAAAAAUACAAAACUUU